GGGCAAUCCUUAAAUUAAUCCAAAGAAGUAACAGUACAAACUUCGAAGGGACUUUGGCCAACUCCGGAAAGAACCAAAACCCCACAAGAACAGUACGAUCACCGGUCGGCUUCUUUCAUUUAUCGCUCUUCUCCGAAUCCGCCGCCAUUCGAUCGCCUAGUUCUCUUUUUAAGGUUUUGAAGAUUAUUGACGGAUUGGCAUAUUAAAGUGCUUUAUCAUAUGAACCAUCCCUCUAGACGGGAAACUGCUAAGUUCCUGUAACCAUGAGUUUUGUUUUUCGGGGGACGAGAGCUGAUAUUGAAAGUGGAUUUCCAGGAUUUGUUCCUGGACGGCGAGCAUUGCGUGUUCAUGCAGCUCGGCCAGUGAAUACCAACUCACUUGCUUUUCUUGUCACAGUGCUUCUGCUGUUCAUGAUUUUGAACUCUCACCAGAUGUCACCCAACUUUCUGUUGUGGCUGGUUCUGGGCAUCUUUCUGAUGGCCACAAGUCUUAGGAUGUAUGCUACAUGUCAGCAACUGCAAGCUCAGGCCCAAGCUCAUCAUGCUGCUGCCAGUGGCUUGCUUGGUCAUACAGAACUGCGCUUGCACAUGCCACCAUCAAUAGCUUUUGCAACACGAGGGCGACUGCAAGGAUUGAGGCUGCAGCUUGCUCUUCUUGACCGCGAAUUUGAUGACCUAGAUUAUGAAACUUUGAGAGCAUUGGAUUCUGAUAAUGUUUCUUCAGUUCCUUCAAUGAGUGAGGAAGAGAUAAAUGCUCUACCAGUUCACAAGUACAAGGUCACUGGCCCACAAAGUGACGGUUUGCUGCAACAUGCCUCUUCUUCAUCAGCCAUGCCUGAGAUGAAACAAGACUCCAGAAAGGCAGAUGCAAGCACAAAGAAUUCAGAAGAUGAAUUAACAUGCAGCAUUUGCUUAGAGCAGGUUAACAGGGGAGAGCUUGUCCGCAGCUUGCCAUGUUUGCAUCAGUUCCAUUCAAACUGUAUCGAUCCUUGGCUGCGGCAGCAGGGGACAUGCCCGGUGUGUAAAUUAAGGGUGGGUUCAGGAUGGGAAGACGGCAGGGAUAGUGAAUCUGAGGUUGCUGACAUGGUUUAAGGACUUCAGCUAAUGUAGCCUGUAGCUGCUGUUUUUGUAUAUGUAAUAAAGCAUAUGCACCAAAAUUAAUGUAUGCUAUAUAUAUGUAAUAAGUUCUGCAUUAUAUAUAUAUGGUUUUCCUCUUAAGCAGGGAAAAAGAAAAAAUGAACUAGGCAUUACAUGUGAAUGAUUUUUCAUAAUUUGUGCUGGUCUCUUCUUUUUCUAGGCUUGGCAAGAGUGAAUUCUGUUUCUUGGUAGCCCAUGAUGUUUGAUAUAGUAGUUGGAUAUGGUGGCCUGAGUGUACUUUUUAGGUUAUUUGAUUUUCCAGAUUGCGAUGAACAUAACAAUUUUCUAGCUGUAGUUUACCCCGUGCCAUUCACCAUCUUUGUCAAUGUUGGGCUUAGCACAUCAAUGAGCCAGUUGUGGUACAAUUUUAGAAAGUCAAUCUGUAUUGCAAAGGAGAAGGAGAAGGAGAAGGAGAAGGAGAAGUUUAAACACACAUUGAGUUUAUAUUCAUUCAUUUCUUCUAUUAUAAACCCAACAUAGCUAAUACUAAAGCUAGUGGAGUUGAAGAUAUCUGCAUCUGCUUCACCUAUGGCCUCCAUUUUUCCCUCAAAAGUUCCCGAGUUAACCUCUCUGAUCAUCGGUUGCUUUCUAUUCCUGCAAGUCUCCCUAAUCUUGGGCCAUGGAGAGGGUAUGUUUGCUGGUCGAGUCUCUCCAUAAUUCUACAGAUGGAACGAUGCUUUUGGGUACUCAAUUUGCAGGUGGGGUUUUUCUAGGGACAUCUCUCAUGCAUUUCUUGAGUGAUUCCAGCUCCACUUUUGCCUUUUGCAUUCAUGUUGGCUUUGGCAAGUUACCUGCUCACCAUGCUUGGUGACUGCGUAGUGAUCGGCUUUGUCACAAGUGGAAUCAGCAGAGAAGUCAAGGUGGAAGUAAUGGAGGAUGGGGCAGCGGCCGAAAAUCAGGAGCAUAAAUGAAAGGAGGUGGGAAUGGAUCUUAACGCAGCUUUCCUAAAAACUUCAUCAUUCGGGGACACCCUGCUUCUCAUCCUUGCUCUAUGUUUUCACUCGGCUUUUGAGGGUAUUGCUGUUGGCGAUGCAGGUUAUCUCCAGCUCUCUGACUUAUUCAUGAGCCUCUUUAUGUUCAUACAUCCCCACUCCCAUGCAAGUGAUAACACAGUUCAAAUAUUACAGUUACAAAGGCUGGGGCAUGGAGGAACUUUUGGACAAUAUCCUUGCACGAGGUAUUUGCAGCCAUAGAGAUAGUAGUAGCACUUUUUAAGUAUGAUACCAAAGAGGCCAUUUCUGGCCACUGGCCUAUUCUUUGGCCUUUGCCAUGUCGAGCUCGGUUGGAGUAGGAAUAGGCAUUUCCAUCAAUGCCACAGCUCAGGGAUGCACAGCCAAUUGGAUCUAUGCAGUGUCCAUGGGCAUUGCGUGUGGAGUUUUCAUUUAUGUUGGCUAUUAAUCACGUAACAGGCUGACCCUUGUAACUUUGAUGCUCCAUUAUUCAAGUUUCUUGCUGUUCUUGCUGGGGUUGGGGUCAUGGCUGUUGUAAUUAUUUGGGAUUAAUGAAGUGGUUCUCCUGAACUGAGAUAUUAGGUUGCUGCUCCCUCAAUUUGGUAGGAUUGCUGAUGAGGGUUUGUUCUGUUUACUUCAUCCUGCUCCUCCCUGUUUCUUUGCUUCAAAUUAAUUCCUUAUGCUUUUUGUCGGACAAAAAUUGAAUGUGACAUUCUUGUAUCUAUCUAAUAUUAGCUUGCGGGUGUUUUUAA